ACGCGUAGCGUGACAGUUCCACACGUUCAGACACGGUUCAAGUAUAUGAACGCUGCCGACGCCAAAAACAUAACGCAAGAAAAAAGUAUGGGUUUUAAGCAAGCCAUGCUGCAGCGCAGCUAUGAAAUGGCGGCAUCUCCUAGCCCACAGUUGGCGCCGGGUCCGGCUGCGGUGCCACAGCAAGUUACUGACUUUAGUAUCAGCCGCAUUUUAGGCGGCUUAGCCAAGGAUAAUGAUGUUAAGAGAACACCGCAGGCACAGCCUAACUCAAACAAUAUUCUGGACUUAUCCAGGAGCAAUCAAGAUGUCAUCACUGCAACUUUAGUACCUGGACCCACAUCAUCACAACCUUCAAUUCCUGUUGCAGCCUCCAACGUACUGCCCGCUUCAAUCAAUUCAACUGGAUACACGGGCGAUAGAGCAAGGAGUUGCGCCAUGUUGCCCCCGGACUUCCUGGCUAUGGCCAGCGCCACAAAAUUCUAUGCACAAUUCUUUCCACAAUUGCUACCAGCUUAUGCUGCAGCUGCGGCUGCAGCAGGCAUAACCACUCCGCCUACAUCCCCCUAUCAUCAACCGCAGCCCCAGCACCAGAAGCGAUAUUUUGCUCCCUAUGUGAUUAAUGCGCAGAGUCCAUCGCAACCUAAAUUGAAUGCUGCUUCGGCCGCUUGCAGUCGAGUCGAUUGCCUGGAAUGUCUGGAUUAUUAUAAGCAAUUUGGAGCUGGCUAUAAACUCUCACCAUUGACAUCACCAGCAGCCUCUUCGGUGAGCAGCUCCAGCAGUACCCAGCCAGCUCGUGCGAGAAAUUGUACCACGAACAUCUCCCUUACAACAGUUACCAAUGUAAAACUUAUAUCUUCAUCUGCGUCAACAUCUGAAUUGCAGUCGAAGAUCGGAUCCAGUGUAAACACAAUCAUAGCUGAGGAAAUCAGCUAUAAGUGCCGCAUUUGUGACAAGGUCUUUGGGUGCUCUGAAACAUUACAGGCGCAUGAAAAGACACACAAAUCACCACGCUACGAAUGCUCGGACUGUGGCAAAGGUUUUUCUCAGCUUCGAAACUAUAAAUAUCAUUUAUCCGUACAUCGAGGCACUAAGGAGUUUGCUGCAGAAUGUCCGGAAUGUGGUAAGACCUUCAAUGACAAGGGCUACCUCAGUAGUCAUAUGAAAAUUCAUCGAAACCGGAAAGAAUACGAAUGUCCCUACUGUCCCAAGUCCUUUAAUCAACGCGUCGCAUUCAACAUGCAUGUUCGCAUUCAUACAGGCGUCAAGCCGCACAAAUGCGCCGAAUGUGGCAAGAGGUUCUCCCGCAAAAUGCUGCUGAAGCAGCACAUGCGGACACACAGUGGCGAGAAACCGUAUCAGUGUUCCGUGUGCGGCAAAUCCUUUGCUGAUCGCAGCAAUAUGACGCUUCACCAUCGUCUGCACUCUGGCAUCAAACCCUUCAGCUGCCCGCUUUGCCCCAAAGCAUUUACCAAAAAGCACCAUCUGAAGACUCAUCUCAAUUACCACACGGGCUGCAAGCCCUAUGUAUGUCCGCAUCCGAAUUGCAACCAGGCAUUUACACAGUCCAGCAAUAUGCGAACACAUGCUAAAAAAUGUCAAUACCGACCGUUAGAUAGUGCGCAAGCAUUUCCUGUGACCACUAAACAACAUCAGCAGCAAUCACAGCAACAACUUCAACUGCCACUGCCACAGACAACGCUGUCUCUGGCAAUGGCAGCCACUCCCAGCCUUACUCUUCCACCAACAUCGUACCCGGUUCAGGCUGUCACUGCAAAUUCCACUUUUCCGCCGGCACACCAAACACUGCUUAGUAACUUGAGGACUUUCUAAGCAUUACU